AUGAGUUUCGGUACUAAAGUCUCUAAGUUUUUGAGAUUUUUGGAAAUCCCUGUUGAAAAUAGGGAAUCCGUGAGUUUUUUGAAGAACCCUGAUUUGCAACCUAUCAAGGCUGCCAAUCAAACAUGGGGGUUCUGGUCCAAUUUUGCAUACUGGGGUGUUAUGUCUUUUUCGGUUGGUACAUGGAUUAGUGGUUCAUCCGCAUUGACCGUUGGGCUAAGUUACCCAGAAACCAUUGGUACAUUUAUUGUUGGUGACGUGCUGACCAUUUUUUUUACGUUGGCCAACUCGUGUCCCGGUUAUGACUGGAAGGUCGGUUAUACGCUGGCUCAAAGAUUUGUUUUCGGUAUUUACGGUUCUGCCUUUGGUAUUAUUAUCAGAAUUCUGAUGAGUAUUGUCAAUUAUGGUUCUAAUGCAUGGUUGGGUGGCCUUUGUGUCAACAUGAUCUUGGAUUCGUGGUCUCAUCACUACUUGCAUUUGCCCAACACUUUGACUUCGAAAGUUGCCAUGACCACCAAGGAAUUGAUCGGUUUUAUUAUUUUCCACGUCCUCACCGCAUUCUGUUACUUGAUGAAACCUUACCACAUGAACUACAUUUUGAUUUGGUCGUGUGUGGCUACUUUCUUCUCCAUGUUGGGUAUUGUGAUCUACUUGACUAAAAAUGCACAUGGUGUUGGUGACUUGUUUACCUCCACAGAGUCCACCGCAAAAGGUUCCACCAAAGCUUGGGCUUGGGUUUACAUGAUCUCAUACUGGUUCGGUUGUGUCUCUCCAGGUUCCACCAACCAAAGUGACUAUUCGAGAUUCGGUUCUUCUAACUGGGCAAUCUGGGUUGGUACUAUUUGCGCAUUAUUGAUUCCUACAACUUUAAUUCCAGUUUUCGGUAUCAUUGGUGCAUCUGCCUCUGAAAAGUUAUAUGAUCAACAAUUUUGGAUGCCCAUGGAUAUUUUCGACUAUUGGUUAAAAGAUAACUAUUCUGCAGGUGCUCGUGCGGGCGCCUUUUUCUGCGGUGUCUCCUUUGUCUUAUCUCAAAUGUCUUACACCAUCUCCAACUGUGGUUUUGCCAGUGGUAUGGAUUUGGCCGGUUUGCUACCUAAGUACGUUGACAUCAAGAGAGGUGCUCUUUUCGCUGCAUGCGUAUCCUGGGCUUGUUUACCAUGGAACUUUUACAACUCUUCUUCUACUUUCUUGACUGUCAUGAGUUCUUUCGGUAUCGUCAUGACUCCUAUCAUUUCCGUUAUGAUUUGUGAUAACUUCAUUAUUAGGAAAAGACAAUACUCUGUUACUAAUGCCUUUAUUCUAAAGGGUGAGUACUACUUCACUAAGGGUGUCAAUUGGAGAGCCAUCGUUGCCUGGGUUUGUGGUAUGACUCCCGGUUUACCUGGUAUUGCUUGGGAAGUCAACAACAAUUAUUUCCACAAUGCAGGUAUUGUCAACUUCUACUACGGUGAUUCCUUCUUUUCGUUUUUGAUUUCUUUCUUUGUCUACUGGGGGUUGUGCUUUUUCUUCCCAUUCAAAAUCACUGUUAAACAGGAUGACAAGGACUACUAUGGUGCCUUCACUGACGAAGAAGCAAGAAAGAAGGGCAUGGUUCCAUUCAGUGAAAUUUCUGAAGAAGAAAUCCGUGCUUACACACUAGGCGAAGGUUACACGACCGGCCACGAAUAUAAACCUGAGGGUUCUGAUGAUGAAGUGCCUGAAUUGGUCAAAACUAGCUCGGAAAACACCAACGAGUUUGAAAUUAUUCAUAAGGAUAAUGAAAAGCACUCUUCAUCUACCAGUGAAAAAGCUGUCUAG